AGAAAUCCCCAGACUUUACGCCAGAGCAGCAGAGAGAGAUGUAGGAUCAUCUUGCCAUUAGACAGUGGCAUAUCGCUGGGCUGGUACGGACAAGGAAGGCUCAAUGGAUUCUCACAGAACCACUGGAGAGAGUCUGGAAUCGGCUGCUUACCUUGGGCCAUGCACGGAAGAAGGGGCCAACAAACAUGUCCUCCACACAGAAACUACCAAAUCAGAUACCACGACGAUAUCUGCCCAGGCAGUCCUACCCGUGGGCAAAGACAACCAGUCAUAUUCAGCAGCACCGAUGCCAAGGCAAGACAGCCUUAAUUCUCCUUCAUCACCGCUCUCAGAAAUGGACUGCCCUGUGUGCUUCAGCAAAUAUGACAUCUACAGAAUCCCCAAACGACUGGCUUGCAAUCACAACUUCUGUGCGGUAUGUUUAAAACUUCUGAUCCGGAACGAGACGGGCAGCUGGAUUAUAACAUGCCCAAUCUGCCGGGCCUCCACGUCUGUCUUUGGGGGUCUAAUAUGUACCUUAGAAAACCAAGAGUCAUUAAUGAACAGACUGGAAAACCAGGAAACUCAAGCAAAAUCUGGUGGACCUUCCCAAAGAUCUAAGGUCUCUUGCCAGUUGGACAUGGACUCCCACCUUGGUAGCAUUGAUGAGAGUAGUGGGAAUUUGAGGAUCGCAGCUCGUAGAGUCGUGUCUCUCUGUUUAAUCCUCCUGAUUGUUCUGAUUAUUAUCCUACAAUUUGUGUACGGGGGAAUAAUAAAAUGGGUUCUUGGUUUCGUACUUGGGGUGGUAGUAAUCAUUGCAGUCCUGCUCUGUUUGAACCCAAACUGCAAGGUUAAACUGACUAGCAGCACUGAUAAUAUUCAAAAGGACAAUUACGCCAAUUCAUCUGUAUGAGAAAACCACCGCCAUGCCCGAAGAUUGCCACCGUUGUUUGAAAGAACUGAUUUUAGGACAAUUGUUGCCCGUACCAAUAAACAUUUAUACUGAUUAAUCAAGAAAUAGCCAGGAAAUCGCAAGAACGGUGCGUCUAUAAAAACUGUAUUGCACUGUAAUGUGUAGUUUUAUGUAUGUUAACACCAUAGUAAAUAGGGAGGGAUGGUAAGUGUUUGUUAAAAAACAAACAAAAAAAAACCCCAACAGAUAAAAUCUAAACUCAAUAAAUCACUAUAUCACUAAUCUACUUACAUUGAAAUUUAUAUUUUGUAUCUGUAUAAGUAUA